CCGCCCUGGCUCGCUGGUCCCAGAAGGCGCCGGGUUUCCCAAGAUGGCGGCCGACGUGUCCGUUACUCACCGGCCCCCGCUGAGCCCGGAGGCUGGGACCGAGGUUGAAGCCAGCGAUGCCGCGGAGCACCGGUCUCCCGAAGAAGAGUUACCGCCGCUAGAUCCAGAAGAGAUCCGGAAACGCCUGGAACACACCGAGCGCCAGUUCCGUAACCGCCGCAAGAUACUGAUCCGGGGCCUCCCGGGGGACGUGACCAACCAGGAAGUACACAACCUACUCAGCGACUAUGAGCUCAAGUACUGUUUUGUGGACAAAUACAAAGGGACAGCCUUUGUGACCCUGCUGAAUGGGGAGCAAGCUGAAGCCGCCAUUAGUGCUUUUCACCAGAGCCGCCUGCGGGAUCGCGAGCUGUCGGUGCAGCUGCAGCCCACGGAUGCCCUGUUGUGUGUGGCCAACCUGCCCCCUAGCCUCACACAGGCGCAGUUCGAGGAGCUGGUGCGGCCCUUCGGCAGCCUGGAGCGCUGCUUCCUGGUCUACAGUGAGCGCACUGGCCACUCCAAGGGCUAUGGCUUUGCGGAGUACAUGAAGAAGGACUCGGCUGCCCGCGCCAAGUCGGACCUGCUGGGCAAGCCACUGGGCCCCCGCACAUUAUAUGUGCACUGGACAGAUGCUGGGCAGCUAACACCUGCCCUCCUCCACUCUCGCUGCCUCUGUGUUGACCGCCUGCCACCAGGCUUCAGUGAUGUGGAUGCCCUGCGUCGGGCGUUGUCUACAGUCCAUACACCCACCUUCUGCCAGCUGGCGUGUGGCCAGGAUGGGCAGCUGAAGGGCUUCGCAGUGCUGGAGUACGAGACAGCGGAGAUGGCGGAAGCAGCACAACAGAGGGCGGAUGGCCUGGCCCUGGGAGGCAGCCACUUGCGAGUCUCCUUCUGUGCCCCAGGGCCUCCUGGCCGCAGUAUGCUAGCUGCGCUCAUUGCUGCCCAGGCCACAGCCCUCAAUCGUGGCAAAGGGCUCCUGCCUGAGCCAAACAUCCUCCAGCUGCUGAACAACCUGGGCCCAUCUGCCUCCCUUCAGCUGCUGCUCAACCCCCUGCUCCAUGGCAGCACAGGGGGCAAGCAGGGCCUCCUGGGCGCCCCCCCAGCCAUGCCACUGCUCAGCGGGCCUGCCCUGUCUACAGCACUGCUGCAGCUUGCCCUGCAGACCCAGACCCAGAGCCAGAAGAAGCCUGGGAUCCUGGGAGACUCACCCCUGGGCACCCUCCAGCCUGGGGCCCAGCCCACCAACCCCCUCCUUGGAGAGCUGUCUGCAGGAGGGGGCCUGCCCUCGGAGCUGCCACCCCGGCGAGGGAAGCCACCACCCCUGCUACCACCACUGCUGGGCCCCUCUGGGGGUGACCGGGAGACCAUGGGCCUGGGUCCUCCAGCAGCCCAGCUUACUCCACCCCCUGCCCCUGCGGGACUCCGUGGCACAGGCCUCAGAGGCCUUCAGAAGGACAGUGGGCCUCUGCCAACUCCCCCUGGGGUCUCGCUACUAGGGGAGCCCCCCAAGGACUACCGGAUCCCCUUGAAUCCCUACCUGAACCUACACAGCCUGCUCCCAGCCAGUAACUUAGCGGGUAAGGAGGCCCGUAGCUGGGGAGGCGCUGGGAGAGGCCGCCGCCCAGCUGAGGGCCCCCUGCCCAAUCCUCCCACCCCUGGUGGAGGUGGUGGUAGCAGCAAAGCCUUCCAGCUCAAGUCCCGCCUGCUCAGCCCCCUCACCAACGCCCGCCUGCCCCCUGAACCAGGGUUGCCCGACAGCUAUGGCUUCGACUACCCCUCGGAUAUGGGACCUCGGAGGCUCUUUUCUCACCCACGGGAGCCAGCCCUAGGGCCUCAUGGACCUAGCCGACACAAGACGUCUCCCCCACCCAGUGGCUUUGGAGAGCGGAGUGGUGGAGGUGGCAGGGGGCCCCUUUCUCACUUCUAUUCGGGCUCGCCCACUUCCUACUUCACCAGCGGCCUGCAGGCUGGCCUCAAGCAGAGCCACCUCAGCAAGGCAGUCGGCUCCUCCCCUUUGGGCUCCAGUGAAGGACUCCUGGGUCUGGGCCCUGGGCCCAAUGGCCACAGCCACCUCUUGAAGACCCCACUGGGCGGCCAGAAACGCAGCUUUGCUCACCUGCUCCCCUCACCUGAGCCCAGUCCAGAGGGUAGCUACGUGGGCCAACACUCCCAGGGCCUUGGUGGCCACUACGCAGACUCCUACCUGAAGCGGAAGAGGAUUUUCUAAGGGGCCAAUGCUAGAGAUGCUCAAGGGCCUGCACCAAAUUGCUUUUGGGUUUUCUGGUGUUGUUUUGUGUGUGCGCGCGUGUGUUUUUGUGGUUGUUUUUUUUUUUUUUUUAAUUUUCUUUCUUUCGGUAAUAGAGAAAUCUCUGAAAGACUUUGCUGACCAGCCAGCCGGAGCCCAAGGAGUAUGGUGGCAUCCGGGAGCCUCAUGGCACCUCUGGCCUGCUCCCAGCGCCGAAACCCCGCAGCCUUAAGAGAGAGGGGCCACAGUCUGCUCUCUCCCCCUCCUGUGUCUCCUGUCCUCCGCCUGUGCCCGGCUCUCUGGGAGUCCUCUCCUGCCUCAUCACUCCUGUAUUUUGGCCUUUCGAGUGCCUUGGAGGUUUCCCUGACCUCCCGUGAGGAUCAGAGACUGUCCCCCUUUUUUAACUUUGACAAUUGACUUCUGUUUCCUUUUCUAAUUUUUAUUAUUUUUUAAGCCAUCCAGGAUGAGCCCUAGCUCUGAUUGCAUCAAGGUCCAACCUGUCUGGGCCUCCAUUCCACACUUUGCAGUUUGUAACAGCUCCACACUUUUCUCUUUUUCCCAUGUCUGCUGCAGGCAUGGCUAUCUCUUGCCCCUACCUGCCCACUCUGGCCAGUACCCCAGCCCUGGGUCCCCAGCUCCCUACCACAGUCCCCUUGCCUUCUGAUGCCUUAAAGUUGGGCCACAGGCCCUGCUGGCCAGAGCCUCUCAGAUGCCGAGCUCCAGAAGCUUGACUCAGGACCAAACAGCUCUGGCCUGGGGAUUGGGCCCCUCUACCCAGGGUCUCCAACCCCGGGACGGUAGAAGGCCAAAGCCUUGGUCUUGGCAAACCAGCCCUCACCACCCCUUCACCCAGGCCUAGGUGCAGAGACGGGCUUUCUCUGCCAGCUUCAACCAAUCCCCCUGCCAGUGGGAGUGGGCUUUCCAUGCCCAUCUCCCGGAAUUUCUGCUGUCUCCCCUUGUUGAAGAUGAGCUCCAUCUCCACCCCAGGCCAGAUCCCCCGGAGCUGGCCUCCUUUCAGCCCAGUACGACUCAUGCAGAUAGGCUGUACACCUGCCCACCAGCAGGACCUGUCCACCUGAGGUGACCCUGGGCACUGCCCCUGGCCAGCUGGGCCACCAGCUUCCUUGUCUUGACUCUGGGGCCCACAUUCACUUCAGGGGAUGUCCUCUCCCCAAUCUUCCCAUACAGACCUUUGCUGAAUUAAAGUUUGUAAGUAAACGGUUUUAAAGAAA